CACAGCACCUGACAAGCAGCACUUGCAUGCCAUCGUGCCAAACCUUGGUUCUUCUUGUUCACCUCGCAGUCUUGCGCCUUGCUAUGAACGCAAUGCUGCUACAGCGAAACUCUUGUUUCAUGAAGUCCUGUAUCAGGUCGAGCCAGGGAACGCGACAUCCGGCUCGUAUUACUAUACAGCGCGACUCAACUUCAAGCAGCGUGCCGUGGUCUACCAUUGAUUAUCAUACCAAGAAGAAACAGCGGCUCGCAGACGCGUAUGGCAACCUCAUUCACUCCGACGCGACCCUGUUGGAACCAGCGGUGUGGACGAACGACACCAAGCUGGCGCUCGCGCUGCGGGUUGUCUCUGAGGAGCUGGGUGUGUCUGAAGACGACCUGCGGCGGGAUGUGGUGCAGCUGACGGCGCUCAUGCCCGACCUGGUGCCGGGCGGCCCGGGCGCCAGACACGCAGACGUGGUGCGUGUGGCCGCCCGGCUGGGCACCGCGGCUGACUGCCUGUUGGUGCUGCGGGAGGAGCUGCUCGAUGUGAACGUGUCGCGCGCGGCGGCGCAGCAGCUGCCGCUGCUGCUACUGCCGCCGGAGCGGCUGCGAGCGGAGCUGCAGCAGGUUAAGGCCCUGUUGGCUGGCUGCGGCCCCGCCGGCCGGCAGCAGCUGCUGGAGGCGCACCCGCAGCUGCUGCGCAGCGAGGCGGCUGUAGCACUGCUGGACGAGGUGGCACGGCUGUUCGGACUGGACGCCGACAGUAGCAGCAGCAAUAGCGGUGGCAGUAGCAGUAGCGAUGGCAGUAGCAGUGACGGUAACAGUAGCGGAAGGCAUGGCGGGGCAGGAGAGGGAGCGCAGACAGGGGCGCGCAAUGAGGAGGCAUUGUCAGGGCUGGUGACCCCGUCACGGGCUAGGGCAGCGGCACUGCUGGGGUCCAAUCCCGACCUGGCGGGUAUGGCGGACUGCCUGAGGGGCCAGGCGCGGGGGGACCGGGACCCAGAGUAUGUGGCGGACACGACACGCGCGUCGCUGUGAAUGGGAGUGACGGCGAGCCAGGGGGUGUCCGCGCGGAGGGCUGUAGCUGGCGAAGCAGGGGGGUGCUGUGCAUGUGUUGUCGCACUGAGCGCCCGAGCAUCUGAAGCAGGGCAGACGUGCGGGCGAGGCCAGGAUGCCUGCCGCCUGCCGGCCCCGGAUGAGGCAGCCGUUGAGUCGCAGCUGCAGUGGCGGGGCCAGUGGGCACUCCAGCACCAGCACCAGCUCGUCGUGGUGUGGCCAGGGCCGUGGGGGCAGGGCCGCGGGGGGCAGGGCCGCGGAGGCGGGGGGCAGGGGGGCAUGUGCGCGCGAGCCGAGCGCGGGACGGUGGAUGCAGGGGGGGAGGCAUGGAUUGACCACGCAAAGGUGUUGACACAAGCAGGACCGGCAGCCAUUGACCAGGCUACUGCAUACGGUAUCAGAUUGUGAGGGCAUCAGCGAGGAGCAGUAAGCUAGUGGCAUCAAAGCUGCCGGCACAAGCAAUGUAUCCCAUCCCUGUGUCCCAUGAGUCGGAGCGCAAGCGAACGGGAACGCCCGACGGAGUUAGGG